GAAACAGCUGGCUCUGCAGUCCAUGCGUUCCUACGAGGAGCAGCAGAAGAAGGAAAACGGCGCUUCGGACGACUCCUCCUGCGAGCAGGCCUCCUUUAAAUGCUUCGGCCAGGCCUCCUCCCCCGCCGUGUCCACAGUGGGCCCCCCACACCUGAAAGAUUUCUGUGACAGCGACGAGGACAGCGAUGACGAGAGCAAAGAUGGACACAACAAAGAUGGGCCAGACUCCAGCAAGAUCUCCACCACCACAGGGGACGGGAAGAACCACGAGGCCAGCCCAGCGAAGGGCCAUCCCUUCGGCAGCAAUGACUCCGGCGGCAGGACGCGCGACGGCGGCCCCAGGACGGAGAAGAGCCAGGCGGACUCGCGGCAGAGUCCCAUCACCGUCAUCUCCAGCACCACGCGCUCGGGAGAAGACUUGAAGAGCCCGAACCUGGACCAGUCCAAGACGGACGAAUGUAGCAGGUCGAUAAGCAAGGACAGCUUCCUGCCUUUGACUGUUCAGACCGACAGCGCGCACAUGGGCCACAACCACUUGCAUAACUUUGGGUUUCCGCCAGGCCUAACGGGACAGCAGUUUUUCAAUCACCUCGGGAGCGCGCACCCGUUUCUGUUGCACCCGGGUCAGUUCAACAUGGGGGGCGCCUUCUCCAACAUGGCCGCGGGCAUGGGACCCCUGCUGGCAGCGGUGUCCUCGGGAGGGGUGAGCACCAUGGACACGAGCAGCAUGGCAUCCUCUCCGCAGGGCCUGACGGGGGCGCCGGGCCUCCCGUUCCAUCUGCAGCAACAUGUCUUGGCAUCGCAGGGCAUCGCCAUGUCUCCGUUUGGCAGUUUGUUCCCUUAUCCCUACACCUACAUGGCAGCAGCCGCGGCCGCCUCCUCCGCUGCCGCCUCCUCCUCGGUUCACCGGCACCCGUUCCUGAACGCAGUGCGCCCCCGACUCAGGUACAGCCCGUACUCCCUCCCCAUGACGGUACCGGACAGCACCCUGCUCACCACCGCCGUGCCCUCCAUGGUCAGCGGCGGGGAUCUGAAGGCGGACGGCCUGGUCCCGGCCAGCCCCGUGUCCGCCGUCACCCUGGACUCCACCUCGGAGGUGACCAGCCACUCGUCCGCCAUCUCCUCGGGCUCCAUGUCCGCGUCUCCGAAAGCGUGCGCGGAGAAAGACUCGGCCAACGAGCUGCAGAGCAUCCAGCGCCUGGUCAGUGGGCUGGACUCGAACCAGGACAGGCCGAGGAGCGGCUCCCCUUUAGUGUGAGCAGAAAAAACAAACGCUGGCUGUUGCUGUCAUUGAAAGUGAUGAAGACUUUGGUGAGAGGAGGAGGACGCGCUGACAGAAUCAUGCAGGUUUUUAAAAGAAAAAAAUCACAAAGCUAAAAACGUGAACCUUUUAGUUUCUGAAAUGCACUUUGUUUAACUCACAUCUUUUUUUUUUUGAUAAAUUAAACUCUCUUUCCUCUCAUUUGAAUACCGUACAAGUAUUGAAACUGAACCGCUGGCAUGAGUGUGACUUCUCCACAGCUUACAGAAAGGUUGCUGCUGUGUCCGGAUGUCUCCUGUUAAUGAACACGAGGAGAAACAAACCUAAAAACAAAAAAACUCAAAUAAAAGAUGCACUCUGAAUCGAAUUGGACUCAUCUGAAUUCUACCUUUCACAGACUGCUGUAAUUUGUUGUUCUCAUUGAUUGUUCAAUUGAUGCAUGGCCUUUAAACAAUGUUUUUUUUGUCACUAAAAUGUCAAACUAAAACUAUAGAGAAUAUAAUUACUUUUUAAUUCUUUUUAAAUUAGGGUUUCCGUUUCAAAAUUUUAUUUUUUUUUAAACAAACAACAAAUUGGUGGUCCAGGUGGGAAAUCAGGCGCAAAGCAUGCGGGAUUUAGGCCAAACCUGGCAAAGGGAAGCAGAAAUUUAAAAGUAAAUAUUGAAAACUAUGAAAGGUAGUAUUGAUUGAUGUAAAUAGGGAUAUAUAUAAAAAUAUUUAUGUAAUUAUUUGAUAUUGUUGUUGCGUGUAAAUACGACUAGUUUGUUUUUAGGGAUUUGUUCUUAAUUUAUUCUCGAUAUAUCUAUGUAAAAAUAGUUUGUGGACUAUUAUUCUUUUUUUUCUUUUUUCUUUUUUUUUUUUGGGACAUCUGCAUUUAUAUUCCCUUUACAAAUGGACCCCCCCUCCCUUAAAGUCCCGCAGUUAUUCACACUCAUGGUGCCAUUGUAUUUUCACUCGUCCUUGUGUGCGAAGUGCUACUGUUUCAAUGAAAAAAGGCGACGACGCACUGCACCCAUGGCUUGAAAAAAUAUAAAAUAAAAGAAAGAAAAAAAUCAUUAUUAUUAUUAUUAUUAUUUGCAUAACUCUCGUUGAGGUGUGACAAAGUGGAUUUCUUUUCCCCUGUUUUAAAAAUUGCGAACUUGGUCGUUAAAAGAGUCGCAUUCUCGAAAAAUAUGAAGGGUUUUUCUCUCUCUCUAUUUUUUUUCUUUUUGGUCGUGUUACUUAAGUUGUCUGUGGGUUUUAUGUUGUAAUGGAGUUUUUGUCUAGUUUACAAAAUCGACAUUGUGUUUUGGAAAGUUUCAAUAAAAUAUUGAACUGCUG